AAGUAGGAGUAAACCCCCAAAUUUCAAAUCAACCGAAAAGAAAAAAGAAAAAUAAAAGGAGAGGAUAAGUGACACUCCUCAAUUAUUUUACUACUAAGCCCAAGAAAAAAAGUUCACCUUUGUGAACUUUCUUGUAAACUUGUACUAGUGUGUAAAGCAAAAGAAAAUGCUGGAAACUUCAGUCUUGUUGGAGAAUUCAGCUACCGCUGCUGCUGGUGGCGGCGCCGUAACUCAGGUGGUGGAGCUGAGUAAUGACGGUGGCGGCGGCGGUGGUAGUGUCGGUGGAGGUUCAGAAGAGGAAGAGAGAAGCAGAGGGGAAAUAGAAGGUGAAAAGAAUAAUAUAUCUGGUGGGAAUCGUUGGCCACACGAUGAAACUUUGGCUUUGCUCAAAAUAAGGUCUCAAAUGGACCUUGCAUUUCGUGAUUCCAAUCUCAAAGGCCCUCUUUGGGAUGAAAUUUCUAGGAAUAUGGGUGAGCUAGGGUAUAAUCGAAAUGCAAAGAAAUGCAGGGAGAAAUUUGAGAACAUUUAUAAGUAUCACAAGAGAACAAAAGAUGGUAGAUCUGGUAGACAAACUGGGAAAAACUAUCGAUUUUUCGAGCAAUUAGAACUUUUGGACAACCAGAAUAAUAGGAUGGAUACAACAACAUCAAUUUCAAUGCCAGUACCAAUGCCUAUGCCGAUGACAAUGAUAAAACCAGCCACUAGUGGAUAUCAAGAUUUCAGUUGUCAAAACCAAGGUUUCAAUCCGGAGUUCAUGUCUACGUCCACGUCCACAACCUCUUCCUCGGGUAAGGAAUCCGAUGGUAGUGUGAAGAAGAAAAGGAAAUUGGCUGGUUAUUUCGAGAGGUUGAUGAAGCAAGUGUUGGACAAGCAAGAGGAUUUGCAAAACAAGUUCUUGGAAGCGAUAGAAAAAUGCGAGAGGGAUCGGAUAGCGAGGGAAGAAGCUUGGAAGAUGCAGGAAAUAGCAAGAUUAAAGAAAGAAAAAGAAGCACUAGCCAAUGAAAUAGCAAUUUCUGCUGCCAAAGAUGCAGCAGUGAUUGCUUUCUUGCAGAAAAUCUCAGAGCAAACCGUUCAAGUACAGUCGCCAAUGGACUUAUCUCAUGAGAAGAAGACUGAGAAUUCGUCGGUGAAAACUGUUGGAAGCCAAGAAAAUGUUUUGCAGCAAGACAAUGAUAAGCAAGAGAACAUGUUGGAGAAACAAGAUAUAGACAGUGCUGGUGAGAAUUCGUUUCAUAUGAGUUCUGGUCGAUGGCCUAAAGCAGAAGUCGAAGCAUUGAUCAAGUUAAGAACGAACGUUGACUUGCAAUAUCAAGACAAUGGAUCACCAAAAUGGCCUCUAUGGGAAGAUAUCUCAACUGGUAUGAAGAAGCUUGGAUAUGAUAGAAAUGCCAAGAGGUGUAAAGAGAAAUGGGAGAACAUAAACAAGUAUUAUAGGAGAGUUAAAGAAAGCCAAAAGAGGAGGCCAGAAGAUUCAAAAACAUGUCCUUAUUUUCAUCUACUGGAUUCUAUCUAUCAAAACAAGUCCAAGAAACAAUUGCUAAGUUCAGAAAAUCCAGGUUCUAGUAUCAAGGCUGGAGAGUUACUAAUGCAAAUAAUGAACCAACAACAACAGCAGCAGCAGUUGGAAGCAGAAAAUAUUCAGAGACAAAAUGUUGAACAAAGUCAAUAAAAUGAUGAGGAUGAUGAAGAAGAGAAGAGGAUGACAAUAAAGUUUGAUGCUAUCAAAUAGUUCCUAUAAAUCCUUCUUCAGUAACUAUAAUGGAUUGAGGGAACAAGAUUUUACUAUAAAUCCAUUUUUGUGAAGUGGGGCAAAAUCAUUGGAGUUAAUGUCCCUUGGAAAAGUGUGAGGAGGACUUUUAUUCGGAAAUUUACUUUUACUAAAAAUGCACACACAAAGAAGUGGCAUCUUUUUCUUUCUAGUUAUGUAUAUUUAAUCAUUCAACGUUGGGUAAAUAGUGUGAAAGAGGGAAUAGUUUAGCUUUUAUUUAGACAAUAUAUAGCAUAGUAUACAUUUUCUUCUCCUUUUGAGGCUUUGGUUUUCCCACCAUCCCCAUGUGUGUAAUAGUUUAAAAUAGUUGAUUCUGUUUGUAUGAAUUGAUAUAUACUUUUGCAAGUUUGUCAUAUUAGGAUCUUGGUAAGGAUAUGGAGUAUCUUAUAUA